CUAACACCAAACCCAAAUGUUAUGACAUUAUUCAAGCCCAAUAUCGUAGCUUCAAUAAUCAAUUUAGAAGUCAAUACUAAAGAAAGUAGAAUGCUUUUGGACUUGCUGAUAUUUUCUUGCUACUCGCCUAGUUUUUCAGUUUCCUGCUACCCGCGUACGUAGGUCAAACUGUAUAUAUUUCACACUAAUAGUACAAUUGGAAGACCUGUAACUUUGUUUUAUUACAAUGCAUGGCAGGAUCAACACAACGUACUUGGUAAAUCUCUUACAAACCUCCAUAGACAACAAAGCUUACCUUGCAGGCAAACUUCUCCACGCCCAUAUACUCCGAGUUGGCCUUUCCGCUGAUACAUUCCUCCUUAACCGCCUAAUUGAAUUGUAUUCCAAAUGUGGUCGUAUUCAGGCUGCACGACACCUGUUCGAUCAAAUGGUUGGACGAAAUAUAUAUUCUUGGCAUUCGCUGCUAAGUGCUUACUGUAAGGAAGGUCAGCUUGACAAUGCCCAUAAUCUAUUUAUGAAAAUGCCUGAAAGAAAUAGUGUAUCGUGGAACACUGUCAUCAGUGCUUUUGCUCGAAAUGGUUAUGAAAGAAAGGCCUUGGAGGUUUAUUCUCUAAUGAACGCGCACGGUUUCUCACCGACCCAUAUCACGUUGGCUAGCGUUUUAAGCGCCUGUGGCGGCUUGGCUGAAUUGGAGUGCGGCAGGGUGUCUCACGGUUCUGCUGUGAAGUAUGGGCUUCACAAGAAUGUGUAUGUUGGGAAUGCUUUGCUGAGCUUGUAUGUAAAAUGUGGGUGUCCUCUGGAUGCGUUGAUAGUGUUUAGGGAGUUGGAUGAUCCUAAUGAGGUUUCCUUCACGGCAAUGAUGUGUGGACUGGUUGAGACCGACCAAGUGGAAGAGGCGUUUGAAAUGUUUAGGUUAAUGCAGAGGAGUGGAAUUAGGAUCGACUCUGUUUCAUUGUCUAGUGUACUGAAGGUUUGUGCUAAAGGUAGGGGUUCAAAUUUUAGUUGGAAUGGUGAGACUGAUGGUGAUCUACCUAGUAUGGAGGGGAACCAAGUCCACAGUUUGACAAUUAAACUUGGAUUUGAAGGAGACCUUCACGUGAGUAACUCCUUGCUUGACAUGUAUGCAAAAAAUGGUGACAUGGAAAGUGCUGAAGUAUUGUUUGGAAACCUUUCAGAAACUAGUACUGUUUCUUGGAAUGUUAUGAUAAGCGGGUUUGGACACAAUCAUGAUAAAGAAAGAGCGAUGGAGUACAUGGGAAAGAUGCGGGGGUUUGGUGUUGAACCAGAUGAGGUUACUUACAUAAAUAUGCUCGCGGGUUGUGUUAAAUCAGGGGAUGUUGAAAAUGGUCGCUUGAUAUUUGAUAGCAUGGCUUGCCCAAGCUUGAUUUCAUGGAAUGCUAUUCUUUCAGGCUAUUUGCAGAAUGAGGACCAUCUGGAGGCACUAAAGCUUUUCAGAGAAAUGCAAUUUCAAAAUCAGCGCCCUGAUCGGACCACUUUGGCUAUCAUACUUAGUUCAUGUUCUGAGAUGGGGUUUCUAGAAUGUGGGGUACAGGUCCAUGCUACCUCAUUAAAGUGUGUCUCUCCUGGAGACAUAUACAUAGCUAGUGGUCUUAUUGGUAUGUACCUAAAAUGUGGUAGAGUAGAAGCGAGUGUACAUAUUUUUGAUGGACUCACUCAAGCAGAUAUAGUCUGUUGGAAUUCUCUAAUCACUGGUUUAUCCUAUAAUUCAUUGGAUAAAGAAGCUUUUACUUUCUUUAAGCGAAUGCUACAGAGGGGGAUGUUGCCUAAUGAGUUUUCAUUUGCUACUACACUGAGUUGUUGUACAAAGCUAUCCUCAUUAUCGCAAGGGAGACAGGUUCAUGGUCUGAUAAGUAAAGGUGGACAUGCUAAUGAUGUUGUAGUUGGAAGUACUCUUAUUGACAUGUAUUCCAAAUGUGGUGAUGUAGAUGGGGCCAGGAUACAUUUUGACAUGAUGCCCUAUAAGAAUACAAUUACAUGGAAUGAAAUGAUACAUGGCUAUGCACAAAAUGGUCGUGGAGAUGAAGCUAUUUUCUUGUAUGAAGACAUGAUUUAUUCAGGAGGAAAACCUGAUGUUAUAACCUUUAUUGCCGCUUUAACUGCUUGUAGUCACUCUGGGCUGGUGGACCUGGGGCUUAAGAUAUUCAACUCAAUGCAGCAAGAAUAUGGGUUGGAGCCGCUUGUUGAUCAUUACACUUGCAUAAUUGAUUGUCUGGGGCGCGCUGCUCGGUUUAGUGAAAUAGAAGAACUCAUAGAUGAGAUGCCAUGCAAAGAUGACUCUGUUGUCUGGGAGGUUUUGCUUAGUUCUUGUAGGCUCCAUGGAAAUGUAAUCUUAGCAAGGCGGGCAGCAGAGGAGCUAAUCCGUCUUAAUCCGCAGAAUUCUGCCCCUUAUGUGCUUCUAGCAAAUAUGUAUACAUCGUUAGGGAGAUGGGAUGAGACAGAGGAAAUUAGAGCAGCUAUGUUGGAAAGGCAGGUAACCAAGGAUCCUGGUUUUAGCUGGGGGUGAAUUUCUGAAGUAGUAGUAAGUAGUAGCUGGCUGUUAUAAAUUUUGAGAGACAGCUAAAGCAAAGAUGUCCUGUUUGUUAAUGGCAUGAAAUUAGAGCAUCUGUCUACACUACUCAUAGGUAGUUAAUACGUCUGCUGGAAGCAAUGUCAGUGCUGAUCAAGCUCAGAUUUCUCAAAAGGGCCUUCCAAUUUUUUAAUAUUAUUUCAAUGCAUGUUUAGUCUCAGGAGAAGUGCUAUUGCGUGGUAAAUGUCAUAGGCGUGGUCAUAGAUCUUGUGUGUACUGGCUUCUCAUUUCCCAAAUUGAGGGAUAAAAGUUCGGGAUAUUCUUCUUUGUUUUACUGACUACUGAUAUUGAUGCUCUUCCCUGCUUUGCUUGUAUUUUCCUGC